AUGGGGUGUGGUGGGAGCAGACCCGUCAAGAAACUUGAUCUCUCGGGCGUCGAACCCUACGAUCUGGUAGUGAUCGCUUGUCCGCCAUGGUGCAAGCGCCAUUUGCUGGUGCCCUGUUCCCCAGAAGAACUCGAUCCCGAAGAAGAGAGGCUUCCACCAGAACAGAAGGAAAGGAUCUUGAUACAUCUAUUGACCGAGUAUGUGGAUAAAGUCGUACGCAAGCCUGGUGUGGGCAAGAUGAGGUUGUGCGGGAGUGGCGAGUAUACACACGAAAGUAACGAUUAUUAUGAGGUUCUCUGUGUCGCGUGGGAUGCCGCGUUCGCCUCCCAAUUGAGCGCGGAGGUGACCGAUCAUUUUACUCAACCUCUUCCCCCCCACUAUGGCGUGAAGACGCUCCCUGAUGGCCCCAAGUUCGUCUACGAGCCCAUAACCGGGGGCGGCAAGUUUAUCGUCCUAGAUUCGCUUCGCAAGGGCGAAGACCAAAAAUAG